AUGCGGAACGGCCGGCGGGAUGCGGAAAUUCCGAAAUUCCUCAGAAUUUUUGAAAUCAACUUGGCAUUCUUUCUAAGGGUUGCCUCCAGGUCAUCCAAGGCAAUUCCGCCAUUUUCAUCAACAGCCGCCUUCACAGCCGCCACAUUGGUGACUUUGCAUACUGUGUUCCUCCUUGCUGUUCUUGCCUGCGUCUGCUACACCACCUGGGCUGCUCCCAAUGCUGAGCCUGAACCCAAUGCGCUGGCUGAUCCCGAGCCGAAUGCAUUUGCGUACCCGGGAUCUUCCAGCUCUGGCUCAAAGGUGUUGCUGCACAAGCACAAGCAUUCUCAUUCACACAAACACAAGCAUGCUCAUGUGCACAAGCACAAGCACGGCCACAAGCAUGGACACAAGCACGGCCACAAGCACGGGCACAAGCACGGCCACAAACACGGUCACAAGCACGGUCACAAGCACGGACACAAGCACGGUCACAAGCACGGACAUAAGCACGGACACAAGCACGGACACAAGCACGCUCACAAGAAGCCCAGCAGCAGCAGCAGCUCUGGCCGCUAAAGCAGCAACCUACGCACAUCAGAGCUUCGCAAUCGCAGGUCUAUCCUCCAAGGAUGAACACCCAAUAGUCACGGAGUUCGCUUCUUUCUCACAGCUGAAGCACCGAUCUAUAUGACCGAACCAACUUUUCUUCUCAUCAAUAUUAUCUUGCACCAUAUAUCCCAGUUCAGUUUUGCAACAGACACAAACGCUUUUUGCUUCGGCAAUACCUAUAUGACUUGCACUCAUCAUCAUCAUCACUGAG